CUUCUUUAUUUGUAACUGUUCACUUGUUCGCGACCGGUGAAGGAAUGUGGGCUGUCAUUGUCGAGUUCACAUCAAAAUACAGUGAUUAACAGUUUAGGUCUUUAAUACGCAGAAAGUAAUGAGGGAUGUGUUUCGAGACCGUCAUUUCGUCUACAAGAGACUGGUAUUUUUUUUCUGGGAACUGACUGUGGCAUAUUACCAAAGUAUGAUGCAGUCUGACAUUUGUACGGAGAUUUGAGCAGUGUCCUCCCAGCCAAAUAAUUCAGCACUGUCCUCAGGUCACAACAUGGAGUACUCCUCCCAGGAAAUUCAGCUGACAAUCAUCGGCCUGGGCUUCUUCUUCUACGCCUUUAUCUUCCUCCUCUCUCACAUCCUGUCUAGCCUGCUGUUUCACACCUACCGCUCACUGUCAGCCAAAGAAAUGGUCUUCUGGGAUUUGGCUGCGACAAGGGCUGUGUUUGGCAUCCAGAGCACGGUGGCAGGGCUUCGGGCGCUUAUGGAGGAAUCUGCUGUCUACUCUGAAAAGAUUCUCGGGCAGGAGAACUGGUCAUGGUUCAACGUGCUGACCGCUACAGGCUUCUUCUUGUUUGAAAAUGUGGCCCUUCAUGCAUCCAACGUGGCAUUCCGGUCUUUCGACUUGCCGUUGGCCAUGCAUCACUUCUUCGCCCUCGCAGGGUUUGUCGGUGCAGUUGUGUGGAACUGGCUGGGUCAUUUCCUCCCUAUGGUGACUUUGCUGCUGGAGAUGAGCACACCUUUCACCUGCAUCUCCUGGAUGCUUCUUAAGGCGGGAUGGUCUAAGACUUUCUUCUGGAAAGCUAAUCAGUGGAUGAUGAUUCACAUGUUCCACUGCCGUAUGGUUGUGUCCUACUACAUGUGGUGGGUGAGUUGGAAUCAUUGGGAGGAGAUGAACACCCACAUCCCAUUGGUUCAGAGACUGCUGUUCUUCAUAGGCCUCUUCCUGCUCACCUUCUUCCUCAACCCCAUUUGGACACAUAAGAAAACCCUGCAGCUUCUUAAUCCUGUGGACUGGAAUUUUGACAAUAAACCUGCAGCAGAGAAUGGACCAAUCCAAGACAAGGCUCGACACAAGCCCCAUGCCAACUGAUGAACGCUAAGAUCAAAGCCUUAUGGGAAAUACAGUCUGGAGAAGAUACAGUCUGCUAUAUGAAGCAGAGAGAAAAUAUGCAAUAUUAUACAGUUGUGUUUUAGUGAAUUUAUUUGAAGGCUUAGGUUUAGCACUAACUAGUACUACUUCCUACAACGUUAGCACACACAUUGCACAGUUAGUAAAGUGUCUGUAUUUGAAUCAAGAGUUUACCCAAAAAUGUAAUCUGUCAUUACUCUAUUAUUUACCCUCAAUGUUAUCCCAAACCUGAAAGAAUUACUGUUUUUGUCAAAUAACUGAAAUUAAGUGGGGUCCAAAAUAAUAUCUCAUGACUUUCAUUAUAUGGACCAAAUCAUUUAUUUUAAAAAUACUUAUUUACUAUUUAUUUUAAAAUACUUAUAUAUAUAUAUAUAUAUAUAUUUUUUUUACCUGAAAGCAUGUAUGUUUGGAAUGACAUGAGGAUGAUUAAAUGAUAACAGAGUUUUCAUUUUAGGUGAAGUAUCCCUUCAAGCAGUUCUAGCUAUAUAUUUUUGAGCACUUAAAACAAUGUCUAGAAGUCUGGUGCAUGUUUCAGUGAGACUUCUUUGGGCCUGCAAAUAUCAUGAGAUCCGUUUAUGCAACUUGCUUUCAACUUCCUGUUUGAGUUGAGUUGGGCGUCCUGAAAGAAGCCUUUCAUGUGUUUAUGUGUGUUUAGGUGUUUCGGGAGUGGCAGUUUGAGUCAUAUUUUUCUUUGUACAUGGGUCUGUGCAGCACAGCAUCUCUCAAGGUGUGAGAUCCUUGUCUUUUUCUUACGUUUUUUUUUCUGAUAGACUCAUAUUUGCUAGUUCCAGUAGUUAUUUGUCUUGUGAUGACGAAAACCCUGACUGCUUCAUGCCCAAGCGUGGUCUGUCAACUCAACCACACUCUACUUAACAAAAUGCCACUCAGUUUCUAUGAAAACUUCAGCUCAAAGCCACCAGACCUGGUUUUAGUUUUAGUUGUAUGAAGGAUUUGUCUUUUACAUAUGUUGUGUGUUUUGGUGUUCAAUGGCUAUAGGCAGUGUUUUGUGAGUUUUUGUGGACGUUUGACUGAACUCUUUGUGUUCUGCAUAAAUAGGGUUUGUUCUGUCAGAGACUGGCUUAUCUCUGUAGAAAGGAAUGUGUGUUUGUGUGUGUGUGUGUGUGUGUGUGUGUGUUUGCCAGGGCGGUAUAAGGGAUGAAAAGUAAGUUGUUUUAUUUCACAAUAUAUUGUUUCAUUUCAAGGGCUAGAUAUUGAGUUUGAGUUCCUCUGUGUUUGUGUGUUUGGUUAUACUCAGUACUUCUUCUUUUUGUCAUACAUUAUAUGCAUUCUUUAGAAGCUGAAAACCAAAACAGAAAAUUCACAUUGAGGCAUACAGCAUAUUUAAAGCAUCUAUAACAGACAAUACAAAACAGUGCCAAAUUAACCUGCACAUCAAUGAACUAAUGCUAUACUACAGGAUAUGAAUGAAGGAAACCGUACAAUGUUGACCUUUGUAACAGUUCAGUGUAUUUUGAGUACGACACAGAGACGACACAAAGAGGAUGUGUGGUAUUAUCUGAUAGCAACAGGUGGAUAAAAGUAUGAUAUAAAUAUUCAUAUUUUGUAAUGUAAUACAAACAAAGGGGCAGUUUAACUGCUGUCAUCAGCUGGUAAAAUACCCCGGCUUUAGUUGCUCGUGUUUUUCAGUGAGGUUUAAAAAGCCUGUUCUUUCACAGUGUGGCAGACAGAACUGCAGCUUUGUGUCAAGAAUUGUGUCACAUGUUCAGCAGGUUAGCUUAAUGAUAUUUAAAAAGCUCAAAGAUGACAUUCUUUAACCUCAUGGGUGACAAAAAAUUUCACUAACCUUGAAACUAUUUUUCUGGGCGGGUUAGUAUGCACUUCUAUGUAUACCAAAACCAUGUUUUAUUAUUUAAACUUAUAUAUUUUUUCCUUUAUAUUUAAUGGUUUAUUUCAUAUAAUGAGUUCGAAUUAUUCCAAACUGUAACAAACUACUGCUUAUAUUCACACUGUUGUCUUCAGUAUAUGUCGACUGGAAACCGUUGUAUAUUUAAAUAUGAAUCGGUGUUAUAUUGGUGCACAUUUCAGCUGAAAUUAUUACUUGCAGGGAAAUGCAUGUGUUUAAAUUAUUUAAAAAUCCUGUUGAUGCUCUUCUGUAAAAUAAGUGUUUAUGGUUUUCUACGGGAGGAAAACGAGAGAAGUGCAUUACGUUCAUGUUCUGCUGUUCUAUGGCGACAGAUUUGCAUUCUUGUUUUUUUCUCUUACAGAUGAUUUGCAGGACUCUGUACGUUAUGGUACCAAAUUAGUUUUAAGCGUUUAAUCACCACAUUGUCUUAUCUCCAUUGGCAACAUGCACGAUUUACUGUUGUGAAAUGUUGAGAGGAAAAAAAGCAAUAAAUAAAAUAAAAUAAAAAAGACUUCAAGUGACGUCAGUGAGAAUGCAAGUGCAAGUCUGCAGCCACCUUUCUCAUGCUUGUAUUUAUACCAACGAAAGCGUGCGUACGCAAUAAACAUUUGCACAAA